CCCCCACUCGUCCUUCCACCCAGUGAACAUCGGCUGCAGGUCUGGGCAGCAGCCGUCGCUCUCCCAUGUGCGAGGGACAGAUCCGUAUUAAUCACGGGCUCGGAGAGGGAAAACCAAUCAGGCAGAAGGUGCCUUUGGCUUUGAUUUCCUGGCUGCCGAAGUUAAGUGAUGCGGAGGCAGAGGAGGAGGGCGAGGGAGAGCGCGCCAGGCAGGGAGAGGCAGCGCUGGAGCUAACUGGGGAAGGAAGGAAGGAAGCCGCGGACCCGGCAGAGCAGCCAGGCGAGCCACUGGUCGCUUCCACUGGACCAGAGCAGAUCUUCUGUAAGUAGAAAACAGUGUUACUUGUAAAGGAUUCUCCUGGCUGAAGCAAGAGACCCCUCGAGCCAAACUGACCGUUUGCUGAAGUUGCCCAUGAUGAGAACGGGCUUUUGCUUGUCGUUUCUGAUCUGGACUUCUCUGCUGCUUGAGGUUCACACGUCACCAUCGCCCAAAAGGACUAACAUGUAUUUGCAAGAGGAAUGGAUAAUGCGGCCACCAAAGGACCAUGGGAAGGCACUGCAUCGAGCCAAGCGGGGCUGGAUGUGGAAUCAAUUUUUUUUACUGGAGGAGUACACUGGUCCGGAUACUCAAUACGUGGGCAAGCUGCACACAGACCAAGAUAAAGGCGAUGGAAAUUUAAAAUACAUAUUAACAGGAGAUGGAGCUGGCAGUCUAUUUGUUAUAGACGAAAAUACAGGAGAUAUUCAUGCAGCGAAAAAGCUGGACAGAGAAGAAAAGUCCCUGUAUAUACUACGUGCCAAGGCUAUAGACAGAAGGACUGGAAGACAAGUGGAGCCAGAAUCGGAAUUUAUUAUUAAAAUCCAUGAUAUCAAUGACAAUGAACCUAAAUUUACCAAGGACAUUUAUGCCGCCAGCGUCCCUGAAAAGUCACGGGUUGGAACUUCUGUCAUCCAAGUGACAGCUACCGACGCUGACGAUUCUAACUACGGCAACAGUGCCAGAAUCGUUUAUAGCAUCCUCCAAGGUCAGCCGUACUUUUCAGUGGAUCCAGACACAGGCAUCAUCAAAACUGCUUUACCAGAUAUGAGCAGAGAAAACCGCGAGCAAUACCAAGUGGUCAUCCAAGCCAAGGACAUGGGAGGCCAGAUGGGUGGAUUAUCAGGAACCACCACGGUGAACAUCACGCUGACCGAUGUCAAUGACAAUCCACCUCGAUUCCUUCAGAGCUCAUACCAACUCAGCUGUCUGGAGUCUGCGCCUCUUGGAACUUCGCUUGGCCGAAUAAGAGCCAAUGACCCUGAUGUGGGCGAAAAUGCUGAGAUUGAGUACAGCAUUGCGGAUGGAGAAGGAUCGGACAUGUUUGAUAUCAUCACUGACAAGGACACUCAGGAAGGGAUUAUAACUGUCAAAAAGCAACUAGAUCAUGAAAAGAAGAAUCUCUACGCUCUAAAAGUGGAGGCGACCAACACACACCUGGAUCCACGUUUUUUCCACCUGGGGCCAUUUAAGGAUUCUGCUUUUGUCAAAGUUUUUGUGGAAGAUGUCGAUGAGCCACCAGUUUUUACCAUGCCUUCUAAUUUGAUAGAUGUGGAUGAAGAUGCCAGGGAAGGCAGUAUUAUUGGACAAGUAAUAGCGCAGGAUCCAGACGCAGCAAAGAAUGCAAUCAAAUACUCCCUGAACCGGCACACAGAUUUGGACAGAAUAUUCAGCAUCCACUCUGGAAACGGGUCCAUAUUUAUCUCAAAGACACUUGAUCGAGAAGCGACAUCAUGGCACAACCUUACAGUCAUAGCCACUGAAAUCAGCAACCCCAAACAAAGUACGCAGGCACCUAUCUUCAUUAGGAUUUUAGACAUAAAUGAUCAUGCACCAGAAUUUGCCAAGUACUACGAAACGUUUGUUUGCGAAAAUGCAAAAGCAGGACAGUCACCUAGUAGCAGAGUGAAUGUGGUGGAAUUCCACGAGUACCUGAAAAGAGAAUAAUGAGCUUCAAGACAUAUUAAAUGAAAAGACCCAGCAGCUUCAAAAGGUGGCCUUUCUAUCAAAACUUGGAUAUGUGCUACUGGUGCCAAGUUUGCUGCAUAAUUGAGUGAUACUUAGCCUGUGGCUUCAAAGCUUCUCACAGCUCUUUCAAGUUCCUUGUGAAAGUCUUGUGAAGUCAUCGGGUCUGAUCAUCGCAAGUCGACAGAUCGUUACAUAAUAAGCAGGACAUGGCUUGCAAGACACUUUGCUAACCUGCUAACCUAUUCCAGCAAGAAGAAACAAGAAACAUGUUGAUUGUUACUUUCGGCACACAAAUUGUGAAUGCCACAAAGGGCACCACAGAUGGCGAGUAAAGUGCCAUGCAAAUUUACUAAAUGACCAGUAAGGCACGAGCUUCAUCAAAGAACGAUUCGCUUCCAGUGUGAUUGAAAUUUCAAAGAUGUUGCGGUCUCAGGCACUGGCCGUCAUUUCAGAAUAUUAAAAUGGAAUCUCAUCUCACUGUCAAAAUGCCUGGAGAUUGCCUGUGAUAAGCCUCGUCAGCCUCUUCAUGCAGCAGAGGCGUCACGAAAGCAUUAAAAUAUUUAUCCGAAUUGCCGAGCAAAAUAAA